UAAGGUUAAAGUUAAAGUCCCCAGGUUACCCGCGGAAAUCUGUCCUGUAAGAUCACAGUGACAAUGAAGCUGAGGAGCAGAGCGCCGAAUCUGGGCUGCAGGUUUAUGCUUCGCUUCCUGGUCCUGGUUCUUUGUGGCGUUCCCGGGGUUAGGGCACUGGACAAUGGCUUGGCGAUGACGCCUACCAUGGGCUGGCUGCACUGGGAGCGCUUUGUGUGCAACCUUGACUGCCAGGAAGAACCAGAUUCCUGCAUCAGUGAGCAGCUCUUCAUGCAGAUGGCAGACCUCAUGGUCUCAGAUGGCUGGAAGGAUUCAGGUUAUACGUACCUCUGCAUCGAUGACUGUUGGAUGGCUCCCGAAAGAGACUCAAAAGGCAGACUUCAGGCAGACCCUCAGCGCUUUCCUGGUGGCAUCCGCCGCCUAGCUAAUUACGUACAUAGCAAAGGACUAAAGCUAGGGAUUUAUGCAGAUGUUGGAAAUAAAACCUGUGAAGGCUUCCCUGGGAGUUUUGGAUACUAUGACAUUGAUGCUCAGACAUUUGCUGACUGGGAAGUAGACUUGCUAAAAUUCGAUGGCUGUUUUUGUGAUAUGGAACAUUUGGUAUAUGGUUAUAAGUACAUGUCCUUGGCCCUGAACAGGACUGGCAGAAGCAUUGUGUACUCCUGUGAGUGGCCUUUUUAUUUGUGGCCCUAUUAUAAGCCCAAUUACACAGAAAUCCGACAGUACUGCAAUCACUGGAGAAAUUUUGCUGACAUUUCUGAUUCCUGGCAAAGUGUGAAGAGUACCUUGGACUGGACAUCUUCUAACCAAGACAAAAUUGUAGAUUUUGCAGGACCAGGGGGUUGGAAUGACCCAGAUAUGUUAGUGAUUGGCAACUUUGGCCUCAGCUGGGAUCAGCAAGUAACUCAGAUGGCCCUCUGGGCUAUCAUGGCAGCUCCUUUAUUCAUGUCUAAUGACCUUCGACACAUCAGCCCUCAAGCCAAAGCUCUACUUCAAGAUAAGGAUGUAAUUGCUAUCAAAAAAGAUGUCUUGGGCAAGCAGGGGUACCGGCUUAGAAAGGAAGACAACGUUGAGGUGUGGGAACGACCUCUCUCAAACUUAGCCUGGGCUGUAGCAAUGAUCAAUGUGCUGGAAAUUGGUGGGCCUCGUUCUUAUUCCAUCCCAGUUGCUUCUCUGGGUCGAGGAGUGGCCUGUAAUCCUGCCUGCCUCAUCACACAACUCCUCCCAGUGAAACGGAAGGUGGGGGUUUAUCAAUGGACUUCAAGCUUGAAAAUGCGAAUAAAUCCCACAGGCACUGUUUUGCUUCGGAUAGAAGAAACAAGCUACUUAUAAAAAAAAAAAAAAAAAGCUUACCUUAAAAUGUGUAUUUUGUUCUCAAAAUGACUACCCUACUUUUCCUGUCCAUCUUUUCCCCUACUCCCACUUAAAAAUGCUCUAUUUCUUUGAAUAAACUUUUCCUGUUGGAAUUUUUAAAAUAA